GACCGGCCGCCGGAGCUCCAAAUUGAUUUUGACUCAUGUUGAACGCCGCCGCCAUUGAUCCUUCUCCCUCAUCGGAGGCGCCGCCGCCGCCGUUCGAGACCAUCGCCGCCGCCGGAAAACGCAAGCGCCGCCCCGCCGGAACUCCUGAUCCAGAUGCGGAAGUGGUGUCGCUGUCGCCUAAAACGCUGCUGGAAUCGGACCGUUACGUGUGCGAGAUCUGCAAUCAGGGAUUCCAGCGGGACCAGAAUUUACAGAUGCACCGGCGGCGGCACAAGGUGCCGUGGAAGCUGCUGAAGAGGGACGCGCCGCCGGCGAGGAAGCGCGUGUUCGUGUGCCCGGAGGCGAGCUGCCUCCACCACGACCCGUGCCACGCGCUGGGGGACCUCGUGGGGAUAAAGAAGCACUUCCGGCGGAAACACAGCAACCGGCGGCAGUGGGUCUGCGGGAAGUGUUCCAAAGGAUACGCCGUGCAGUCCGACUACAAGGCGCACCUCAAGACGUGCGGCACACGCGGCCACUCCUGCGACUGUGGACGCGUCUUCUCCAGAGUGGAAAGUUUCAUAGAGCAUCAGGACGCUUGCGACAUGGGUCGGCUCCGAUCGGAGUGCCGCCGGCCCCAGGCGGCUGCGCCGCCGCCGCUAGCCGCGUCGAGUACAAGUCAGUCCAGCGACACUAAUCUCAGCGUCGUCGCGCCGUGGAUCACCAGCUCGGCUCGCGCUCCUUGGGCGCCAAAGCUAAUCGGCGCCGCCGCCGAGAACGGCGGCGGCGGCGGCGGAAGAAAUGGUUGUAGUAAUACUAUUUCGGAGCCGCCAGAUCUCGAGCUGCAGCUUCUGACCAAAGCCACAAGUGGCGGCGGCGGCGUGGAGUCGACGACGCAGCUGCAGCUAUCGAUCGGCUCGUCGGAAGCCGGCGAGAAUGUGAACGCGGUGAGCAGCAGCGGCGGCGGCGAUGCGGCGGAGCAGGUGAGGGUGGCGGUGGCGGAGAAGGCGCAUGCGGAGGAGUCACGGCAGCGGGCGCGGUGGCAGAUAGAGGUGGCGGAGAGGGAAUUUGCUCAUGCGAAGAGAAUCCGGCGGGAGGCGCAGGCGGAGCUGCAGAAGGCGGAGGUGAUGAAGGAGCAGGCGGCGCGUCAAAUGAACGCGACCGUACUACAACUCACCUGCCAUUCUUGCAAGCACAAGCUCCGGGACUUGCUACAAAUUUGAUAAUUUUAUUUUUAUUUUCUUAUGAUUUCUUUAUUUGAUUUUCCAUUGUUGGUUUCAACUAUGAUAAUAAAAAAAGUUCUUUUUGUUAAAAAAAAUAAAUUAUAACAAUGGGAGUUAAUAGUUGAUUUUAUUAUAAAUUUGUAUUAUUUGACUAUAUGAUAUACUCCCUCCGUCCACUCAUAAAAUAUACAAUUACUUUUGACGCGGUAGGUAGUUAAAAGCAGUGUA